AUGAAAAAGGGAGGAUUUGCACUACGCAAAUGGUGUUCCAAUCGUCCUGAAGUUUUGGCCGAUAUUCCGGCCGACCAACUGGGAACGAGUUUGUCAAUUACUUUCCAAAUAAGCCCCGAUGAGAAGGUGAAAACUUUGGGAAUCACCUGGGAGCCAGGAACAGAUCAAUUACGAUUCUAUUACGAUGUCACCCUAAGUGAACAAUCGUGGACAAGGAGAAGUAUUCUGUCAGCUGUCGCUAAACUUUUUGAUCCCCUUGGGUUAAUAUCUCCCGUGAUUGUGGUUGCCAAAAUGUUGAUGCAAGAGCUCGCCCUACUGAAAACUGAUUGGGAUACGUCUGUUCCAGUUCACAUUGAGCGCAAAUGGAAGGAAUUCCACUCUCAGAUGAAUAAUAUCUCCGAACUAGAAAUAAGUCGGUUCGUUUUCGCUUCAAAAUGGGUGGAUAUUCAAUUUCAUUGCUUUUCUGAUGCGUCUACCUUGGCAUACGGAGCUUGCAUGUACGUGCGGACGCUGGAUGAAGCUGGAAAUGUAAGGAUUGAGCUGCUUGCAUCGAAGUCGCGCGUCGCCCCGCUCAAACGCUUGACGUUACCGCGACUUGAGCUAUCCGCCGCCAAAGAAGCCGCUGCCUUGCACUCUAAAGUAACAAAGGCUUUAUCGAUGGGAAAUGUUCGUACGGUUUUCUGGUCUGACAGUACGAUUGUGCUACACUGGCUACGAGCACCUCCAAAUUCGUGGCAAACUUUUGUAGCUAAUAGAGUAUCGAUGAUACAAACUGCUACUUUCGCACACUCCUGGCGUCACAUAUCAGGAAAGGAAAACCCGGCUGAUUUGGUGUCCCGGGGGAUGACAAUAAACGAUUUUCUGUGCAGCAAUUUGUGGAAACGAGGACCACCAUGGCUGAGCAACAAUGAAGAUGAAUGGCCUAAACGGACUGAGCACGAAGGCCCUCCUGACGAACAGUUGGAAGUUCGAAAAGUUGUUCAUACCGUUGUUGUAGAAGAUCCACCCAACGAAAUGUUCAGAUUGCACUCAUCGUUGUCUACGCUUCUGCGGAUUGUUGCAUAUUGUCGUCGCUUUGCGUACAACUGUCGCAACCGGGACGAUAGGAAGGAUACACUCGCCCUUUCCCAUGAAGAAAUAUAUUCAGCUAAAAUAACACUAACCCGAAUUGCACAAGCUGAACGAUUUUCGGUCGAACUGAAGGCGUUACAGGAGCGGAAAUGUGUCGAUCGCAAAUCUCACCUGAAGAGACUGUCUCCGUUUCUUGAUAAUCAGGGAAUCAUCCGAGUAGGAGGCCGGCUACAUUUCUCGAACGAAGAGUACGCUGUCAAGCAUCCAGCUGUUUUACCGAGUCAUCAUCCGUUUACACAUUUGAUUGUACAGCACCCUAUCCGAGAUACGACAAGAAUUCUGGCCGAUACAUGGAAAGCGUGUCGUCAACACCGUGCUUCGUAA